AGUACACAUGUCUAGCAAAAAAUGAAAUCAUUUUGAGAAGCCAAAAUAAGUCAGAUAAUUUACUCAUAAUUUACGUAAUUAAUUAUUGCAAAAAAAAUAAUUUUACAUUAUGUCUUAUGGAUAGAAUAUUUGAAUUGUUGUUGUUUUUUUAUGCUUUAAUGCGAUAAACAACAGCUGAGAGAUAUGCCUCUGGGAAAGACUUGUUAUUGUCCUGCCACAUCAAAAAACUAAGAGAAUAAUAUUGUUAAAUCUCAAACAAAAGUCAAUUUUGACUUUCAUUAAUUUCGUACAUCUCUUUUGCUUAUGUGUAAUCAAAUUCAUUUCAAGAGGCCAGUUUUGCUGAAUUAUGCCUAUAUUGAGUGUUACAGUAAAAGAAGCCAAAUUCACAACAAUAAACGCUCAAGAGUAUAAUACUUAUGUAACGUUGAAACUACAAAACGUUAAAUCAUCUACUGUACCUUUGAAAGGAUCAAAUCCAUGCUGGGAACAAGAUUUUCUGUUUGAAACAAAUGAUUUAAAAGGUGGACUUCUUUUGGAAGUUUCGUUGAAAGGUAUGCUUUGGGACAGAACAAUAGGAUAUUACUUUUUAUCACUUAUGGAAAUAGCUCAAUCUGGAGAGUAUGGAUCUACACAAUGGGUGAAUUUAAAUUCAGAAUUAGAAGUAAAAAAUGGAGAGGUUAUUGGGACGAAAACAGCAACUGGUCAAAUAAUCCUCAUUGACUGCCAUUACGAACUGCCAUUUGACUAUAUAGAAUUUUUAAAUAAUAAGGAUAUUCAAUAUUCUGAAGAAGAGUGGUCCGAUUCUCUGUCAUACCCAAACACUGGAUUAGGUCACUUGACAGAUUUCCAAUCCACUUCGGAAUUAACAAAUAUCAAUGAAAAUAUUCAAAAUAAUUUUGAGGAAUCAAUUGAUUUUUCAAUGGGCCAAGAUUCAGUGAUGUAUUCAGACUACGUUUGGAAUGAACCUUAUAAUUCUGAUGUUGAAUAUUUAAAUGGUACUAACUCAUUUUCGUUAUAUUCACAAAAAAAUGAAAAUGCAUUUGAAACAAUUGUAUCCAACGGCGAGUUUAAUAAACAAGUUGAAAUCAAGCCAGAUCAUUUUAAGGAAGACCUUGCAUGGAACAAUGAUGGUUACUGGAAUGUAUCCUCUUCAAGAAGUAAUAUUCAUAAUAAUCGAAAACAAUUACCUGAAAUUCCUAUAUAUUAUGAAGAAAAUAAAGACACAUCAAAUGUUUAUUAUGACAAUGAAAACGGCUAUCACAGCAAUCAGUUUGAAGAUGAGAAGAAAAAAAAGUUACCUGAUUUGCCAGUAUCCUCAAAUCAUAAUUUAAAUCCGGAAUUACAUCAGUUUUCGAAACCACCAUUAUUCGAUAAUUUUAGUAAUUAUAAUUAUUAUAAUGAAGAUUUUCUUACGAAUGAAAAUGAAAUGUUUGAUAAUAAAAUAAAUUCAUACAGUGAUGUAAAUAACACAUCUUUCCUGCAGAUGAAUGAUCAAACAAUAACGCAUAAUGAAGCCAGUAUUUUAAAUAAAUACGACGAUAAUUCCUACGAAAAUACUUACAACGUUGUGAACAAUCAAAUAACAUCUGUUUAUGAUCAAGAAUUCCAAGGAGAGUAUGGUACUGAUCCAACUCAUGAAAAUGAAAGUUAUUUAGAAAAUGAAUUAUACAUCAAUUCUCUCAGUAAGGAAAAUGUUAUCUCUUACAGUAAUCACGAAGAAAAUUCAAAAAUGAAUGAAGUAGAGAAUGAACAUUUGAUAAAUUAUCAAAAUUCAAACACUUCGAAUAAAGAUGAAAAUGACUUAAAUUUUUAUAAUAAUAAAAACUUGGAUCAUAUAAACCAUUUUAAAGAUUCAGAAGCUUCUAGUGAUACUAUUUUUAUAAUCAAUACACAAAAGAAGCAGGAAAGCGUUUUAUUAUCAGAUUGUAGUGAUGCCAAUUUUUGGAGUAAGAGUGACGAGGCUGAGUAUUUAGAAGAAUCGUCACAUUCGGAAAUGAAUAACAUACAAGAAGAUAUUAAAAUCCCAUCUCAGUCUAGGAAAUCUGCUGACUCUAUUUUACCAGAUCAAUCAUUUGUUUCCGAUGAAACUCCAUUCAUAGCUUAUGAGUAUGAAUGUUCAAGCAGUAAUCAAAAUUUUAAAAGCUCUAGUGGUGUGAAAAACUUUGAAGAGCUCCAUAGGUUUAAUAAUAGUGAAGCCUACAUAUCGGAGUCAACGGAAAAGUCAGAAAAUUCUAAAAUCGAAGCAGUCUGUGAUAAAUCUUCAUCCGAGAAAAAGAAUGCAAUGGCUCAUGAAAACCAGGAAAAUAUCAAUGCAAAACAAUUAGACUAUCCAAUGAUUCCAGAAAAUGUCUGCGAUGUUGAAUCAGAUUCAACUGAAAAACUUGAAAGUAGCGUUCUUGAUUUUUCAUUAUCAAAUCAAACGGAUUCAUACGUAUCAUUAUUAAGAGAGGAGCUAGAUCAUCAAGAUAUUAGUAAAGUUUCUAAUUAUCCAGAUAAUGUAAUUGGUAAUAUCCGAGGAGAAAAAAAUAUUAAUGUUCCUCAACCUCUUUCAAGAGUAGAAAGUUUUAAAAGGGGUCAUUUCAAAAGCCAAAAAUCUGAUGAAAAUUCAGAAUUUAUUACUGAAGAUACUGAAGCUAAUAAAUAUGAUAUAACAGAUGAUGAUUUUGAAAGGUAUAAUCCUGAUUCGAAUGAAGUUGUCACUUUAGAAGAUGAUUUCUACUCUAGUAAUCGAAGAG